AUGGUACCGUGGUAUGCUGAUUAUGUCAACUUCUUGGCUGCAAAAAUAACUCCUCCUGAGCUUUCUCAUCAACAAUUAAAGAAGUUCUUUCCUGAGGUAAAACAUUACUAUUGGGAAGAGCCAAUCCUCUACAAGCACUGUGUUGAUCAGAUAAUUGGAAGAUGUGUGCCUGAAGAGGAAAUGUACUCUAUUCUCAAUCACUGCCAUGCUCUACCAUGUGGGCGACAUUUCAGUGGGACAAGAACUGCUACUAAGGUGUUGCAGAGCGGAUUCUUUUCGCCAACACUUUUUAAGGAUGCUAGUACUUUUGUGAUGGCAUGUGAUCGUUGUCAGCAUACAGCACUUCUCUCGAGAUAUGGUGUCCGCCAUAGAACUGCUCUACCGUACCAUCCACAAAGUAAUGGCCAAGCUGAAAUUUCUAACCGUGAGAUAAAGAUGAUUUUGGAGAAAACAGUGCAUAGAUCGAGAAAGGACUGGUCACGAAAGUUAGAUGAUGCACUAUGGGCAUACAGAACAACAUUUAAAACACUGAUUGGGACGUCACCAUAUCGGUUGGUGUUUCGAAAAUCUUGCCAUCUGCCGGUGGAACUAGAACAUAAGGCUUUUUGGGCUAUGAAGACUCUUAACAUGGACUUAAAAGCUCCAGGGGAGAAAAGAUUGCUGCAAUUGAAUGAGUUAGAGGAGUUCAGAAAUGAAGCUUAUGAGAAUGCAAAGAUUUACAAGGAACAAACCAAGAAGUGGCAUGACCAAGGCUUAGUCAGAAAGGAGUUUCAACCUGGGGAACAAGUGUUACUUUUCAAUUCAAGGUUGAAAUUGUUUCCUGGUAAGUUAAAGUCAAGAUGGUCGGGUCCGUUCACCGUGGUCAAGGCGUUUCCCUAUGGAGCUGUUGAAUUAAAAGGAGAAGGUCCAGCAACCUUCAAGGUUAAUGGACAGUGUUUAAAGCUCUACUUGGGAGGUCAAAUUGACCAAGCCAAGUCCGCCAUUAUUCUGGCGCCUCUCUAA